UAGAACAGAGAUACAAGUUAAUGCAACCAUGUAUUCGAAGACUUUGUUACCAAGCUGUGUUUGGCUCCUGGCAUGUUUGGUCUGUUUGGCCGUACUGCCAUCAUGCACCGGAGAAGAAGAUUUAGAAACGUGGAAUGUAUUAUCGCGAAACGAACGGCAAGCAUGCGCAUAUGAGCAUUUCUCGUCUGAUCACUCUAUGUGCGGAACUGUAACGGGAACUGAAAUACCACUGAGUCAAGCGGACAAGGACAACAUAGUGAGCAACCACAACCGAAUUCGUAACGAGGUGCAGCCCCCUGCGUCAAACAUGCAGAUCAUGGUUUGGGACGACGAACUUGCGUUAAUUGCAUUAACGUACGCCAAGCAGUGUAAACAUGGCCACGAUUCGACUGUUAACAGGCAGGCUUUAGGUUUACCUGGCAGUAAGGUGGGGCAGAACAUACACUUUAGCAGCAAUACCUUCGACCCUGUUGAUGGCGUGGUGUCCUGGGAAAACGAAAAAGCGGACUUCACCUAUAACACCGCCAACUACAGGACUGGUCACUACUCUGAGAUGAUCCUACACCGAAAUGCAAAAGUUGGGUGUGGGGUGGCUGAUUGUAGUGUUCCGGGGAUUGAAAACAGACCUGGACUUAACUAUAUUAUGAUCUGCAACUAUGGAGCUAUACAAACGAACGGUGAGCCAAACAGGCCGUAUUGUUCGUCCUCCAUCAGCAGUAGCUGUGAAACAUGUGGUGACACGGACUCGAAGUACAAAAACCUUUGCGCGUGCGGAGGAAAAUCCUGCUUCAAUGGCGGAACACUGGAUAUUGCCACGUGCCAGUGCACGUGUCCAAAAAACUUUGGUCACACAAUUGUAACCGGAUCACUGUGUGAGACACUGACUUGCGGUGUGACCACCGAAAGCAAAACAUGUAGUGUAACGGAUUGUCUGAAAUAUGGUUUUACUUUUGGAGUCAAGUACUGCCCAUCAACGUGUAAAGUCUGUCCAAGCACAUGCGCCCUGCAUUGUUUAAAUGACGGCUACCUGAACUAUGUAACUGACCAAACCGGAACUCGAUGUGCCUGUUACUGCCCAACCGGCUUCACCGGCACUGAAUGCAAAACAAGUACAGCUACCACUAUGACGACGCCUACUACAACACCAACAACGACAACACCAACUACGACGACACCAACAACGACGACGCCAACUACGACAACACCAACUACUACAACGCCAACUACUACAACGCCAACUACGACAACGCCAACUACAACGACACCAACUACUACAACACCAACUACGACGACGCCAACCACUACAACACCAACUACAACGACGCCAACUACUACAACACCAACUACUACAACGCCAACUACAACAACACCAACUACGACGACACCAACUACUACAACACCAACAACAACACCAACUACGACGACGCCAACCACAACCCCAACUACGACGACGCCAACUACUACAACACCAACCACAACAACACCAACUACCACGACGCCAACUACCACGACGACAGAUCAAUGUCACUUAAGCUGUGGACACAGAGGUGUUUUAGACUACAACGAAUGUAAGUGCACGUGCAGGCGUAACUUCUAUGGUGUCAGCUGUGAGAAAAACUGUUUCAGAGAAGCAAGAUGUGCGGCACGUAGACGAAUCAGAUAUCUCUGUCAAAGGUGUACCCUGUACACUGCUUGGUGCGCUAGAUCCUGCCGCGCUUGUAGAGGAUGGUGGUGUAGAAAUCGUUACCGACGUUUCUGUCGGAUGUUCGUACGAAGAAAUAUGAUCCAGGCAAUAGUAGGAUUCUGCAAAUAUCGUAAUGGCGGCGAUUGCCAGCGGAUUUGUCGACGAUUUACCUAAGACAUACGCUUUUCAGCCAUUCGUCGUAAAACUCGCAUUGUGCUCCUUAUGAAACAUCUUGGAGAAACGAGCGAAACAAAUAAAAAUAAUAACAACAGCA